GUGUUGUAUUCAUGCCAAGCGCCCGACGGUCACUCUAGGGGCGGAGUAUCGAUAGUAGCGCACCAAGCAUCGAUGUAGUUUUUACAUCCCUAUUCUGCAAUAUUAUUUCACGGCACGGUCCAAAAACACAGAUAACAGGGCUUGGUUGGAGUCGCGCAAACGCAAAUAGAAGCCAUGGACGUUGCCCCCGCACCGCCCGUCAGUUCCGGCGGCUAUCAGAGCACCCAGCAGGCGCCGAUCAGUCCCAAUCAAAAUCCAAACCAAGCGCCGGUCGCACUCGCAAAGGCAACAACAAUCGAAAAUGGUGUACAAACAGGAGGAGCGAAAAAGCCAGAGAGCUGCGGUGAGAAAGCACCCGAGCCGACACAUUCCACUGGGGCUGGCCAGAAGGACGAAAGGGACGAGGGCAAGCCGAAGACCGAGCUGGCUGACAAAGUAUUGAUUACCAUAUGCAGCGCCGAUCGCAAGAUCAAGAAGACCUUCAUGUCGUUGCCCACUCGGAAGGAUGUGAUCGACAAAGCUCACAAAUACGGCCUGUGCGGUAACACAAUCGUCCUGGAGAGCAACGGCUGCGAGAUCUGCGAGGACGACGUGCUCUUGUUCGCCGCCAAGGAGAAGAUUCUGUUGAUGCUCCUCGCCGAGUCGGAGGAGUAUGUGGUGCUUCCUCCGCCGUCGCCGCUCAAUCGAUCCGAACGCGCCGGCAGCUCGGUGGAUCCCAGCUUCUAUGCCAACAACAGUAUUGUGUCGAAUCCGAACGAUUCGACGGUCUCUAAUGACGAGACCAUGUCGCUGUCCAGCGUAACGCCAUCAAGUGCAAAAAAUUCUGCAUUAUUCAAGGAGUUCUCGAUACCCUGGAGCAAGGUGCCUGUGGACAUCAUGAAACUACUGAAGGGAAAAGGGAGUCUGGGCAAGCGCUUGAAUACACUGGCAAAUGUUUUGGUGGAGGCUCUCCGAGAAAUAUCUGCCCACAUUCCCAUACGGAUUUUCCGGCAGGUCGCCCAGCAAGCGGCUGAAAAGUACCCUGACUCCUUACUCGAAAAAGACCGCGAGGGACAGUUUAUAGCCACCACUCCGCAAUCGCUCAUAUCCAAGAUGAUCAACCGCAACAAUGCGCUCAACAAACCCCAGAAACGCGGCGGAUCGGGAACCUUUGAGAUUCACAUCCCUAAUAAAAAACGAAAAUUCGGAGGUGGUGCUUCCAAUGGCGAUGCCAAAGCACUGGCUCUCAAUAGGGAUUUGGAGCAGAAGAAGGAGUUACUAAUCUCCAGUUGGCGAGGCAGUUCCCCCCUGGAACAGUCUGUCAUAAUCGAAUACAUGAAAGAGUGCUUUCCGCUGCAGCGCUCCUUUUUCAAUAACAGCGAAAAAAUCCCGGAUAUAACGGCCAUCAAGGACAAUUGGCCAUAUAUUUUUGACAAGGCUGUGCUGUACCAGCACUUUGAGCUGCUUAUGUCCAUCGAUCCGCGGGCUUUAGAGAAGCGCUUGGCUGGUGAAAAGGAUCGUUUCUUCAGGUUCUUUAAGAGUUCGAAGAACAAGAAGAUCAGCGCUUUGGAGGAGACCAACGCUAAUUUCCUGCGUGGCAUAGCGUAUUAUUUCAAUGAGGAUCCCGACUACAUUUUCAAGCACCUUGAGAGCAGUUCCCUUAGUAAGGAUGCGCUGCAAAGCACAAAUCCCACAAACGCCCCCUGGGUGGCUCUAGUCAAUUCACCCAUUACAACGGCCGACGGCGUGGAAUCGCAAGUGGAGGCGAAGGUCUACAUCGAAGGCCAGAUAAUGGCCACAUUCGCCGCCAAAGACGAAGACCUGCCGGACAUUCUGGCCCAGUUGAUCUGCUACUACUAUACCUUUAACAUGAUGUACCCUAAGGAAGCCAAUCAAACACUCGAAUUUAUCGUCGUUUACUUUCUGCAGCACUCGCCGGAACAAGUGCGAUCGGCUAAAAAAUCGGUGACCACCAACGGCAAGUUUAACCACCUCAUCGCCAAGCUUGCCAAUGUCCAUGGCUGAGACUCCAUUCGGACGACUUUUGGCUGGAACCAUGGCGCAGCGGGCGUCGCUUCAAUCUCCUCUUGCUCCUCCCAACGGAGGAGGAGCCGAACUCUGUUUAGUUUAUUUAUUUUCGCCGACCUAUUCCACAUGUAUUUGUACCACUAUUUUUAAGAUUUGCAUAAAGUGUGUAGUAAUGUUGUGUAUACAUUUCUGAUUUGU